AUGCAAGUCAUCGCAUACCAUGCCGCAGAUGCUGAAUCUCCUCUGAAGCCUGCAGAACUGCAGGUCUUGCGCUCACAAUACGACAAAGAAGGCGAAUACGUCUCUCUGCAGACAAAGUUCAACUUUGCCUGGGGCCUCAUCAAAUCCACCCAACGUCCCGAGCAACAAGAAGGCGUCCGUCUCCUCACCGAAAUCUUCCGCUCCUCUCCCGACCGUCGCCGCGAGUGCCUCUACUACCUCGCACUCGGCAACUACAAACUGGGCUCUUAUGCCGAAGCCCGUCGUUACAACGAGCUGCUCGUCGACCUGGAGCCUAACAACUUGCAGGCUCAGAGUCUGAGGCAGCUCAUCGAUGACAAGGUGGCAAAGGAGGGCUUGAUGGGCGUUGCUAUCGUCGGUGGGUUGGCUGUUGCUGCUGGUGUUGUUGGAGGCUUGAUCUUCAAGGGCGCAAGAAGCUCAAGGAGAUAG